AUCUCAUCUUCUCUUCCAGAUAUAUAAAUACGCUUUUCAGAAAUCGAUCAAUUGAUUACGAAGUGUUAUUUCUUAACAUCCAACAAUAAAAAGGGGGAAGGCUAAAGCAUAAAAGGAACGGGAAUGGCGGAGCAGAAGAGCACUAUUGAAUCUCUCAGGGAAUGGGUCGUUGAGCACAAGCUUCGAACCGUCGGUUGUUUAUGGUUAAGUGGAAUAGCGGGUUCGAUUGCUUACAAUUGGUCACAACCCAAUAUGAAAACCAGCGUUAAGAUCAUUCACGCAAGGUUGCAUGCUCAAGCACUAACACUCGCUGCUCUCGCUGGGGCUGCCGUUGUUGAGUACUAUGAUCACAAAUCAGGAGCUAAGGCAGAGCGUGUUGCCAAAUACCUCAACCUCGGUUCCCAUCCCCAUAAAGAUUGAAUCUUUUACAGGACAGCUGAGGCAUGAAGUGCUCUUUGUGGCUAGGAUACUCUUUCUUACCAACUUGACAAGUGUUGUGCCAAACUGUGGCUUAAUAAUAAGAAACCAAAAUCAUACAUGCUUCGCGGAUUGGGCCUUGUGUUGCCUAACCUACCUAGACAGAUGUUAUUAUUACGCCAUAUCUUUUAAAUCAAGCUCCAUUCCCGUUUUUCAAAACCAAAGCUAUUGCAUGACAAAUGAUUUUUUUAAUGUACGCCACCUUUGAAACCGAAGAAGUGAAUGCCUAUGAACGGUUCACGAACAUGCGAUGUAGGUGAAAGUA